GGGGAGGGAGGGAGUUGCGCGAGGGAAGCGGGCCUGGCUUGGGAUGGAAACAAGGGAGGGCGCGGCGGCGGCGGCGGCGGCGGCUCCUCUCGAGGGCUUCGUUGAAGAGACGUCCGAAGAAGCCCGACGGCUCGUGGGCGAGGAGGGACAGGAGAAGCUGGACCUGGUGUCGCUUUUAAGAGUAAGAGAACAAAUAAAGCAACAACUUUUGGAAUAUAAUGCAACAGUUAAUGCAAAUGAAGAAAUCAUUACGGAUCAAGUUAUUGAUGAAAAGGCCAUUCUGUGUACAAUAGAAGACUUGGAAGGGGAAUUGGAAGAAGUGAAGCUAUCACACAGACACAAAACUUUGGCAUUACAAAGGUUGCAAGUAAAUGAUGCACUUAGAGCCAAGCUGAGGAACAAUGAUGACAACUCAAAGUUGAUCGGGGAGACUAUAAAACACAUUAUGAUGCUUAGUACUGCAGUAAUUAAAUUAAAGCAGCAGUCUCGUGAACUGGAAGAAAAAUUGAAUGAAGUUAAGCAGAGAAGACAAUCACUAAAGCAAGCUAUGGAUUGCAAACUGGCAGAUAUACAUAAUAUGAAAAUGAAACGAAAAGAGGAACUGGACAAUAUGGAAGUGAGUGAAAUGUUGAAGAAGGCCCGUAGAAAUCUGCAAAAGGAAAUUGAGAUGACGACAUUGAUUCAAAACAUCUUCCAGAAUCUCAUUAUUGGAAGUGAGGUCAAUUGGGCAGAAGAUCCAGCUUUGAAGGAAAUUGUUCUGCAACUGGAGAAAAAUGUGGCUAGAAUGUGAAGCAGCAGCAGAGCAGUACAUUUUCUAUGGUUUGCUGAUUCAGAGGAGAAGCAGUAGUCUGUCAAGCUAUUGUGACAAAGAGGUGUGUUUUCAUAAUCAUAACUGCAGUGGCGCUUAAUUAUAUUGAUGCACAGAUGGACUUGAAAACUUCCUGCUGUAAAAUAUGUUGCCUAACUUAAUGACUAGAUUUGUUUGCUAUACCUUGGAAGAACCAUUCCAGUUUUAUGGAAGGAGUUAUUAACGGAGAGUAUUGUAACUGCAACAUUCUUCCCAUCACCUCCUCAGUUUCCAGAGAAAUUAUUGGCUGUUACCUUGGAAUGAAGACAGAGCAACAGGUUUGCCUUUUAAAUCAUAUUUCCUGCUGGGAAGGCAGGAAUGCCUUUCCUUACAUUUUGACUUUCUUUACCACCUAUAACUAGCACAUCAUUUUUAUGUGUGACAGUGGAAAGCAGCUUAGCAUUUUGAGGGAUCAUUUUUGUGAACAUUUUUGUUAUAUUCAAUGGAUUGUUAUAUUCAAUGGAUUUCCAAAGCCACUUCACUACAAUGGUAUGUUAUGCAUGUUUAGUUAACUGUUGUGCAUUUAAAUAGUUGGCUGCUGCUAUUAUUGCAGUGCCAUCAUUAUACAUGUAACAUUGUGCAUUUAAGUGUUUCAUUAAAAAGUUAGAUGACUGACUCCAAGGAACUUAAAAUCUAAAAUAAUGAGGAACAUAAUGAAGGGAAGGACAGGAGUAGAGAAAUCUUACUGUAGAAUGACCAUAGGUUAGAAUUCUUGUAUUGUUUAUACAUGUUAUGUCAUAGUAUUGGCUGCGUUUGCAGUGAAAUAAAAUAGCUUUAUGUGUUAUCCUA